GGAAGCGUGGUCGUGUACACUACCGGGCCCGAGUUCGAGGUGGCUCCGGCUCGAGAUGGUUCCCGGUGCCCGGGAGUGAGCGAUGCCCGGGCUCCUGUCCCUGGCCCACAGAGUCGGCUUGGCCGCCGUGCGCUGCCGGUGCUGCUGUUGCGGGCUCGGGAUGUUCUAUGCCGUCAGGAGGGGCCGCAAGACCGGCGUCUUCCUGAGCUGGGAUGAGUGCCGAGCCCAGGUGAACCGGUUUCCUGCCGCCAGAUUUAAGAAGUUUGCCACGGAAGAUGAGGCCUGGGCCUUUGUCAGGAACUCCACAAGCCCAGAUGGUUCUGAAGGGCAGAAAAAUAAACAUGAACAAGAAUCACAGGUGAAAGCCAGCAAGCGACUCCGGGAGCCGUCGGAUGAAAAGGAAGAGGAAGGUGCAGAGCCGAGUCCAAAGCACGUGAAACAGAGCCCGGUGACGGCACCUUUAGUUAGCAGAGACGCGUUUUCUUACUUAGGAGAAUUUGUUGUUGUCUACACUGAUGGCUGCUGCUCCAGCAACGGGCGGAGGAGGGCACGAGCAGGAAUUGGUGUUUACUGGGGGCCAGGACAUCCUUUAAACCUCAGCAUUAGACUUCCUGGGCGACAGACGAAUCAAAGAGCAGAAAUUCAUGCAGCCUGCAAAGCCAUUGAACAAGCAAAGGCUCAAAACAUCCAUAAAUUGGUUCUGUAUACAGACAGUAUGUUUACUAUAAAUGGGAUCACUAACUGGGUGGAAGGCUGGAAGAAGAACGGCUGGAGGACAAGUACUGGGAAGGAGGUGAUCAACAAGGAGGACUUCAUGCAGCUGGAAAGCCUCACACAGGGCAUGGACAUCCAGUGGUCUGGCCCAUCAUCUUAAGUUUUGAUUUUUAUAAGGAAUCAAUAAAGAAUCAAUCAGAGAUUCAGACCAGAGAACCCGAAGUAUCCUGAAAGAAUUGGUAUAGAUUGGGUCUCCUGCUUUGACAGAUGGAUGACAUGUGUCUGUGGCACUCAAGAGAAAAAUGCAGCUGGUGGGGCCCCCAGCUCUGCAGGGAGAAUGUGAGCAGGGUCUCAUUUCAGCCCCAGGUGCCUGGUACUGUGUAUAGGGCAGAGUCUACACCAUUACAGAGAAACACAUCUUUUAAAGACCAAAAUGGAGAAAUGAAUCUCGUAAAAAUUUUUGGCAUAAGCCAGCCAUAUGGACCAGUGGAUUAUGCCACCGUUUGUGACAAUAGCAUCACAUAGUGGAGCACUGGUUCAAAUCCCAACUGCUCUGCUUCCAAUCUAACUUCCUGCUAAUGCACCUGGGAAAGCAAUACAUGAUGGC